CUUCCACCAUUUUUGUCCCUCGCCGUCUGCCGUACGUUGCCUGCUAGUCUGACGCAAGUCCGUGUACCAGUACUAAAGAUGGAGAGUGACACGACUGUUAGGAGAAUAAAACUGCAUAACAAACAAAAUAAUGUAUCAACGGAAGGGAAUUAUGCACAUUAUGGACAAGAUCGGAACGGAUAUACGGACACAGAUAAAAAGUCCGAGGUUAACUCGUACUUGCUACGAGAAGGAGUGGCCGCUGUGCUGGUAGUUUCAUUUAUUUUUGUGUUGUGGGGACUUGUUCAUUUAUCUUUACAACAGCUUGUCCUCGGAAGAUCCACUGGCGAGUUCAAUGCAGUCAGAGCAAGGAGGCAUCUGGAGAGCAUCACGAGUGUGGGUCCCCGACCAGUGGGCAGCGAGGAGAACGAGGUGCUGACUGUGCGCUACCUGUUGGCCGAGAUCGAGAAGAUCCGCGAGGAGAGCAAGAAUGGCCCCCACACUGUCACGGUGGACGUGCAGCGGCCCACCGGCUCCUUCAGCAUCGACUUCCUGGGCGGCUUCACCAGCUUCUACGACAAGGUCACCAAUAUCGCUGUCAAGAUCGAGCCCAAGAGCGGCGCCAACCAUCUCAUGCUGGCCAAUUGUCACUUUGACUCGGUGGCCAACAGCCCAGGAGCAAGUGACGAUGCCGUGAGCUGUGCGGUCAUGCUGGAGGUGCUCCAUUCCCUGGCUAACCUCUCGAACCCUCUUCGUCACGGGGUCGUGUUUCUCUUCAACGGGGCAGAGGAGAACGUCCUGCAGGCCAGUCAUGGGUUCAUCACCCAGCACCCGUGGGCCAAGCAAGUGCGAGCCUUUAUUAACCUCGAGGCCGCAGGAGUGGGGGGCAAGGAGGUCGUGUUUCAAACAGGUCCAGAGAACCCGUGGCUGGUGCAGGCAUACGUGCAUGCUGCCAAGCACCCCUUUGCCUCCGUGGUGGGGCAGGAGGUCUUCCAGAGCGGGGUCAUCCCCUCCGACACAGACUUUAGAAUCUACAGGGACUUCGGAAAUAUUCCAGGCAUAGAUCUGGCAUUCAUUGAGAAUGGCUACAUCUACCAUACUAAGUAUGACACAGCAGACCGCAUCCUGACCGACUCCAUUCAGAGAGCAGGAGACAACAUCUUAGCUGUGCUAAAGCACCUGGUGAUGUCGGAGAAGCUGGCGGAUGCGUCUGAAUAUCGGCACGGCAACAUGGUGUUCUUUGACCUGCUGGGCGUCGUGGUGGUGGCCUAUCCUGCGCGGGUCGGGACCAUCAUCAACUGCCUGGUCUGCAUGGCAACCUUCCUUUACCUGGGCAAGAAGUAUGUCAUGCCCAGCAGUGCCGGGGGUCGAGGUGUGCGAGAGUUGGUGUAUGCGGUUGGCGUGGCGCUCCUGAGCUGGCUGGUGACGCUGCUGUCCGUGCUCAUCGUGGCCCUGCUGGUGACGCUGCUGGGACGCUCCAUGUUCUGGUACAACCACUUCUACGCCUCCAUCUGCCUGUACGGAGCCGCCUCCGUCGGCAAGCUGGUCCUCAUCCACACCCUGGCCAAAAACCUCUACUAUGGGAGUGUGCAGCGUCUGGAGCUGGGCGAGCUGUUCUUCGACGUGAGCCUGGCGCUGUGGUGCUGCGCGCUGGUCUACCUCACCCAGCGGGGCCUGUGCUCCGCCUACGUGCCCAUGCUCAUGGUGGCCUUCCCCCUCGCCACCAAGCUGCUGCUUGCCAGGGAGUUCAAGCACAGAGGUGCGUCUGUGAAGUACGCCGUCUGCUUCCUGUUUGGGAUUGCUCUGCCCUAUGUGCACUUCAUGUUCCUGAUCUGGGUGGUGUUUGAGAUCUUCACUCCUAUCCUGGGCCGCAGCGGCACCGAGAUACCUCCCGAUGUGGUCCUCGCCUCCCUCAUCGCCGUGGGAACAUUCCUGCUCUCCUCAUACUUUAUGCACUUCGUCUACUUGGCUCGCAGUACCAAAUGGAUCCUGGCGGUGCUGGCCUCUGUGUUUGCGGUGGUAUUUCUCUUGGUGGCGUGUGGAGUGUUCUUCCCCUAUUCCUCAAACCCGUCCAGUCCCAGACCAAAACGAGUCUUUCUACAGCACACCACGCGCACCUUCCACGGUCUGGACGGCCAGGUUGAGUACAAGGACUCAGGGCUGUGGAUCAACAGCUUCGACUACACGGCCAUGAAGCACAUCACGCCUCACAUCCCCGAGAUCAAUGACACCAUACGCAGGCGAUGCCAGGAGGACCUGCCCUUCUGCGGCUUCCCCUGGUUCCUGCCAAUCAAGUUCCUCGUCAAAAAGAACUGGUACCUCCCUGCUGAGGAAGUAAGUCCAAAGUCUCCUAUGGAGUUCAGACUUUUAUCAAGAGAAGAAAAGGAGUGGGGAACAAUCAGAAUGUCUUUUGAAGCAAAAGGCCCAAGCCAUAUGUCUCUCUACCUCCGACCCCUCCAUGGCUCCACGUUGACCAGGUGGUCGUUUGGCGAUGGCAUCCCGCAGUUUGAUCUGAGUGGGGAAUACUUUAUUUUCUACUCGCAUGGUCUAGAAGCCCCUGCUUGGAACUUUUGGUUUGAAAUCCAGCCUUCAGAUUCGGGCUCGGAGGAGGGCAUGAUCUCGGUGGCCAUCUCAUCUCAUCACUUCUUCGGCGAGGACAAGCUGACGCCCCAACUGGAUCUCAUGCUGCAGCGCUUCCCUCUCUGGGCCUUCCCCUCUUCAUGGGUCAGCACCUACAACCUCUACCGAUACUGAGGAGACGUGACCACACCAGACCAUACCAGACCACACCACACCACACCACAUGAUACCACACCACACCACACCACACCACACCAGACCACAUGAUACCACACCACACCACACCACACCACACCAGACCACAUGAUACCACACCACACCACACCGCCCAUACAUACAACCUCUACCGAUACUGAGCUCAGCCCAGCCUACACCACACCACACCAGACCACAUAAUGCCACACCACACCACACCAGACCACACCAGACCACAUUAUACCACACCACACCAGACCAGACUACUCCACACCACACCACAUGAUACCACACCACACCACACCAGACCACAUGAUAUCAUACCACACCACACCAGACCACACCAGACCAGACCACACCUCCCAUACAUGCAUACAGACUCCUAUAUGCACCUACAACCUCUACCAAUACUAAGGAACCCACAUCACACCACACCACACCACAUCACAUCACACCACAUCAGCCCAUACAUGCAUACAGACUCCAAUAUGAUCAUAAACGCCACCAUGACAAUACAUGCAUGCACAUUCAUACAAAUAUACAAGCAUACAUAUACAGUACAUGCAUACAGACUCCAGCAAGUUCAUAAACGCCACCCACAGACAUGCAUACACAUUCUUACAUGUCUACAAACAUACCCAUACAUGCAUACAGACUCCAAUAUGUGCAUCAACACCACCCACAGACAGACAUACAGUACAUGCGUACAUGCAAACAUACACCUACAUACAGGGGUUGUUGGACAAUGAAACUGAGACACCCGUCAUUUUAGUGUGGGAGGUUUCAUGGCUAAAUUGGACAAGCCUGAUGGCCAAUCUUCAUUAAGGGUAAAUUAUAGCUCGGCAUCAACUGGCGCGAAUUGUCGUUUGGGUCUGGUCACAAAAACGUUUUUUUUUCCUGUGAAUCGCACGAGGUCUCGUGUCACGAGCCACAUUUAGAACAGGGCGAGAGUUUCCUUCACCAAACUGCAAGCACUACGGUCAUUAAGCAGUGUUGCUUUCUGGCACAUUGCACUAGCAAGAGCAGAGUGUGAAGGUUCAAUUAGCAGGGUAAAAGCACACUUUUGCUCAAAAUAUUGCAAUGCACACAACAUUAUGGGUGACAUGUCAGAGUUCAAAAGAGGACAAGUUGUUGGUGCACGUCUUACUGGCAUGUCUUUGUCAUGUAUCAUGAGCCACGGUAUCCAUGGUAAUGUCAGCGUACCACCAAGAAGGACAAACCACAUCCAACAGGAUUAACUGUGGACGCAAGAGGAAGCUGUCUGAAAGGGAUGUGCGGGUGCUAACUCGGACUGUAUCCGAAAUGCAUGAAACCACAGCUGCCCAAAUCAGGGCAGAAUUACGGUAAAUGUGCACCUCAACUCUCCCGUUUCCACCAGAACAGUCCGUCGGACUCGGGAGCUUCACAGGGUCAAUAUAUAUUGUCAACUAAUCUGUCUAAAACCUAGGUGUUUCAGUUUCUUUGUCCAACACGGUACAUCCAUACAGCUUACACCAACACACACCUGAGUGUGGAAAAAAAAUUACAUGCCAUCCCCACACAUAAAUCGCGCACAAAACACACCCAGUCUGCUGCUGCACAAAACAUCCACUGGAUGAAUCCAUCUUUAAAAAAAAGAAAAAGAAAAAAAAUGCACAAAAGAUAGAAGAAGAAAAUUACUAACUUGUACUGUGUACAUAUCCUUACACCCCCUCCAGACAAACUUACUAUACUAGUGCAACCAUCACUGUGUCAACAGGCUAAGAUAUGACCGAGCAGCUUAUAAAGCUAAGCCAGUUUUUAUUUAUUUGAAGACCAAUCAAACAUGCUCUGUCCAUGAUCCAGGAUGGUCUCUCCCUCUCUCUCUCUCUUUUCAACCCUUUCUUUUGAAUCUGCCUUUCGUGUGAAUGGCUCUGUGUUUCUGAGUUUGAUUUGAUUUGAUGAGGGUGUGAACAUAUGGAUUUCAGUUAUGAAGAAAGAAUAUAGGGAGGGGUCAAGGUUGCUCUUGCAUCCCCCUCUUCUCUUCUCUUCUCUUCUCUUCUCUUCUCUUCUCUUCUCUUCUCUUCUCUUGUUGGCUGGGCUUAAGAGCUCUGGUGGCUCAAACAGGAUCCAAGUGCUUUGAACUCCUACCUGCGUACACUUUCUUCUGAUGGUUUUCAUUGCUAGACAACAGCGAUGUGUGUGCACCAUCUGGAAGUAUCUAACCAUGGGACUGUACAAGAAUGUUUUAAAACAGUUGAGCACUUUCUAAUCAGAAGUUAUCAUAAUGAAUAAUAUCUAUGUUGAUCUGUUGACAGUUUUAUUUCAAGAUUGUUUUGGUUGGUGGUUUUAUUUUAAUUUUAUUUUCUUAUAUUUUCUUUUCUUUUUCUUUUAUUUUAACAUGACCUGACUUUAAAGUUUGAGUGAUUUUAGCAGCCGUCUAUUGUCUCUAAUUGAAGGGUUUUAUACAGUAAUCGUCUUCUUGUAUAUUGACUACAUCAAGAGUCUGAUCUAGCGUCUGAUAUCUGGCUUUGCAGGUACAUUAUUGGGUCCUCAGUUUGAGAAAGUCGCUGUGAUUAGCAAAAUGACAGCUGGCAUCGAAUGAUACUUCCUUUUUAUAUCAGAAAUCUGGGAUUCUCGUGAUCAGUCACUUUUGAAGAAUGUGCUGCUUGUCAUUGUUGCUGAUAUUUUGACCAUGUCUCGCUUUCUUGAUGCUUGGUCAUGGAUAUUUGUUUUAUUUGUGAUUUUUAUUUUAUUUUUUUACAGGUUUUUUGGCAAGAACUCAGAGUGAUUUAAGAUUUUUUUUAAAAUAGCACACGCUGUCAUUGUUUAAAAACAACAACUUCAAUAUAUCAGUGCUCUCAUGCUACAACUGUUUACCUUUUGCAGCAAUUCUCCUAAUGUGCCGCCUGCACAAGGACACUCAAGAUCAUUGUUUUUUGUUUGUUUUUUUGUUUUUACUUUUUCUUUGCACAUUUUUUUUUAUUAACAUAAGUGGUGCUCUUUUUUUGGGAAAAGCUUUCAAAUGUGCUCUCUGUUAAAAGGGUGGAAUCCUGUUUUGUCAGGUGUGCAUAUUUCAAAACUAUGCAAAAAUGACCUCUCCGCUUGUGCAUGUGGGUGGCGGCAAAGACGCGGCGCCACGACAGCAAGCAAUAUGUGACUAAAUAUCCAUGUGUCCUCUCAAGUUACUGCAGUGUGGUCACCGCACUGGGAACCACAACUGUCUCAUGCUACUCAACUAGUUAUGUGUGGAUUUGUGCUGAUGGGAACAGCAGGAAUUCAGUACUUACUCCAAGGGCAGUUUGUCCCACAGGUGAUAUGGAUAGGUGGUGAAUCAUUUGUACUGAAAUGAUGCUCUCGCUUUGAUGACUGCAGGUCACAAGAAAAAAACAUGUUUCAGCAUAUUACAAAUGGGAAACUUUUAUUGAUUCUCCCAAAAAUAUAAAAAUAUUUCACAAUAGAAAUGAAUGCAUCCAAAAAUCAGAUAAUUUCUCUUAAGUCUGAUUAUAUAUACGUAAGAUAUACAAAUGACUAUGUUUAUACGUGGUCAUGAGGUAACAUAAUCAGAUGUGUGAUUGAAAUUGUAUUGCUGAUCAGUUUUGAAAUUAUUUAUUGCUCUUGAUUUUUAUUUUAACUUAAUCCAAUGAUGUGUGCAACAAGAAUAAGCCCUAAAUUAUCACUCAAUAUACUGUUCUUUGGAGGGGGGGGACACAAAAUACCAUCACGCUUUUGUUUCUAAAAACAUUAUUUGUGAAGGUCAUAAUCAUUUUGAGGACUUCAAUGGAAUUCUAUCUAUCUGGUUCUAGAAUCCUUCCCACCUUAUGUCACGUCUAUCCUUUACACCGUGGUGUACAUCCUGGAUUAAGUCAAUAAACAAGCCUUGCACGCGAUUCUGUCAUCAGACUUCACUAAAUAGCUGAUGUACUUGAUUACUUGAGUUGAAAUCAGCUGAUGUAGAUUGGUUGGAUGAAGUUUGCGGCAGUGGCUUUUUUUUUUCAGCUUUCUGCAUCCAAAAUGAACACCUCUUUGCUUCUCCACCUUGGUGACCAUAAACUUAGCCUAACUUAAGCCAUACGGCUACGUUUUGCCACACUACACUCGAGGGCGUUCUGGUUUCCUCAACGGAGGCGAAACAUACCAGCUGGCCAGAGUCAGGUUCCCAUAACCCUAGGUGUGUAUGAAAAUCCCAAACAGAUUGAAGUUCCUAGGGGUUGAUCACAUUUCAGCAUCACUUGUCUCACGUCACAUACAUAUUGUCCAUCUUGUGUUAUUCUGCAAAAAAAAAAACGUUGAGCAAAUAUGGACUUCAAUCCUCAACCCUUUCUCUGCACUUUUUCCAUUAAGAGUACAAAACUUAACCCAGAACCACAUGCCUUACUUAACCACUUAGUCAUGUGUAAUGAAGGUGUAGGCUACAUAGUAUGUAUGUGAUGAAUUGCUUAAUCAAUUGACAAAGAAAAAAGAAGUUUAUUUAAUCUGUUUCAUGUUUUUUUUGUCAUUAGCACUGGUCUGUGAAUUGAACUGUCCCCUCCAUGUCAUGAUCGUCAUGACUAUUGUCACACCACUCUGUAAUUUGUAUAGCAAACUGACUGCUCUGGUUUUUUCGUUUGUGCCUAACACCACUUUAAUCCUCCUUAAGUAUCACUCACCUCACCUCCGGACAGUUUAUCCUUGUUGCAUUAAAUGAUACGAAUCAUUAAGUGAUUGCUCAGUUUUUGAAGUAAGCAUCUCCAGCCUUAUCUGGUUUUUCAAUGUUAAUUGUUAUCUUGUUUUUAAUGCUGGACUUUUUCUGUGGUUUUUCAAGGUUGUAUUUAUUGAUUUGAAAAUGAACCUUAUGCCACAUGUCUUUUUGUUUUUGUUGUUCUUAAUUCACACGUAUCUACAGUCUUUGUCAUACCCUGAAAACAGCAUAUUAACUGGGAAAUGGAAACAAAUUUGUUGAUUCAUUAUGAUUGAUUCAAAUUAAUUGAACAUGUCACAAUUACAUGGUUUUGAAAAUAGAUUAAAAUGCAAGGGAAAUGAAGAUAUCACUAAAUGUCCAUUCAUUCAUUUACGUCUUAAUCCACUGACGCAUUGCGGAGUGGAACUACAUUCCUGUUUUGUUAAUAUGUUGAAGUGCACUAAUGUCUAACUUUUCUGUUCUUUGUCAUCUUACUGUACUCCUUCAUAAAACACUGAAUAAAACUGUUUUCUAUGACAUGA